GUCAACAAAAUGAAUACAAAGCAGAAGAAGAUGGAGGACGAGGUGGAGGUGGUGGAGCAAGCUGCAGCAGAUACACAAUGUUUAGGGAGAGAAAUACAGUAUUUCAAUGUGCAAAUGCAUACUGUGCUUCUGAAUUCCUUUCUAUUCUUUUUAAAGACACCUGUUGUUUUAUUUUGUUCUCCAAUUUAGACUGAAAGCAAACAUCACUGGUUUGCAGGGUGAUUAUGACGACACCUACAGCGUUGUCACCUAUAAAUUCAACAGUGUGACAACAGCAGAGAAGCUGCAUCAGUCCUGAGAGAGACUGCUCACAGCCAUCAAAGUUCAUUUGAAAUCCAAGAGUUUUCUUUCUUUGCAUUUAUUUGUGAAUUUUUAUUACGUUAAAUUUGAUCAUUAUGUCCAAAAUGUAUUCAGCCCUUAAACACAACUAUGAUUUUACCAAAGUUUUCUAAGACGACUUAAAACUUUGAAUUACACCAAUGAGAGAUUCUACAAUGCUCUGACAAACAUGAUUACUUUGAUACACUGUCAGUGAAGACUUUCAUAUACUUUAUAAAGUGACACACACACACACACACACACACACACACACACACACACACACACACACACACACACACACACACACACACACACACACACACACACACACACACACACACACACACACACACACACACACACACACACAGUUUAUCAACCAAACAACACGUACUCGUCUUUUUUAAGCAUUGAGUCUCUGUGUGGUCAAUCUGAAAAAUAAAACCGUAAAGGUAAUUUAAACAGGAUGUGAAGUGUGUGUCUGUGGCCUGUAUGAUAAUGUCAUUCCCUUCUACAGCUACCUGUGGCUUUUGAGAACAUUUUGUUAAAUUACAGUGAGUUUGUCACGCAGUCAAACACACAAACUUCAUCAUGGCUGGACGCCUGCUGUUUGUCAUCCUCGUGUAUUUCUUUCAAUUGUAUGAAGCACAAGCUCUUCUCCCACCAUCACUGACAAUGAAUCCACCGGUGAUCACAGAGACAGACUCAGUCACUCUGCACUGUCAGACUCCACCGUCUGUUUCUGUGACUCAGUGUUAUUUCUACAAUGUGAAAGAAGAAUCUGUCAGAGUCUCUGUCUCUUGUCUGAAGACACUGAGCUGCUGCUGAUGUCACAGCAGAGAUUACCUGCUGAGGAUCUAAAGCUAUUUUCCCACCUGUGACCCCAGUGAACAUAUCAUCAGGUACACAGUCGUCUUGCUUUUGUGUUGGAAUUGAAACUGUGACUUGUUUCUGACUUUCACAACAGAAACAAGGAAAAGGAAGUUGGUAAUAGUUGCGGCUUCUCUUGGAGGUGUUAUCUUAUUCGGACUGGCAUUUCUGUUCACCAAAAGAACAUUUGAUGCCUGUGGAUAUAAGGGAAAGCUCAGCAGUGGAGAGUACUUACCGAGUGGUUAUGAUGAGACGUACAGCAUCGUCACUUAUGAAUGCAGCCACAUUGAAUGACAAACGCUAACCACAGCGUCACAAGAGGAACCAUCUGCAUCAGACCACAGAGAUAAUGUGUGCGGCAUUUGAAAAACAUUUUGAAGUUAUAGAAUUGUGCUUCUCAUUAAAAUUUGAGAUGGGUCAAACACAAGUUGGAUUUGUGCAGUUAAGUGUUAUAUACUAAUUAAUAUACUACAUAUUAAUCCAUGUUAGCCUUCUCCUAAUCAAUACAUUAAACAUUUGAGCUUUUAUAUCUUUAACAUGUUAGAAAAUGGAUGAAGAGUCUCAAAGGGUUCAGGUUACAGGGGGAGAAUAAGUUAAUCAGUUGUUUGUUUUAGUUUUAUUUCAACUGAGGCAGAAGAAGUAAAAACCUCCAUGGAAAAAGUGGGGGCCUUGACUUUACUUCAAUACCAGCUAGAACAAAAAACACAGCCUGUGCAGCAUAACACUGGACAUAUGAAGUGAAAUAUGGAUUGCAGAGUUGUAUGUUCAGGACAAAAAUGAAAUAACUUCAUGUUUGAUUCAAGAAGAACAUGAACAAGCUAAGUGUUUCUGUAAAGUUGUGAGCAGCGUGUGAACACAUGAUGAACAGACUCUUUCAUUUUCUUCUGAAACUGUGAGCUGACGCUUUGGUAGACCUGAUAUAAAUACAUAACAUGUUCUAAGUUUUUAAUAAAUUGUGUUAAAUCAAGUAGAUGCACAGUGUGGGCGUUUCUGUGGCCUCUCUGUUUCAUGUGUGAUGCUAGCUGUGGUUUUCCUGAGAGCAAGUUCUGUAAAUUGACACUAAAGUACAUCAAAGCUCACAUACUCAGAGACACAAGCUUCUUCUAUCUGAGAAGUCUUAUUCAGCUUCAUCAUGGCUGGACGUCUGCUGUUUCUCAUCCUCAUCUAUUCCUUUCACAAAAUUCAAACACAAGGUCAAAAACCACAGAUGAGUCUUCAACAUUUUCCUGGUGAACUUGUUCUCUUUAUCUGCUCUCUGCCUGGAUCUGCUAAUCAUGAUGUGAGAUGUAACCUGUACUUUGGAGAAAAAAAACAUCCAGUCCAAACAACCAGCUGGAAGAGAAGGGAUUCAAAGAAUCGGCUGUUCUGCCAGUUUACUUUCAGAGUCGAUGACUUUCUAAGACAUUUACAUUUUGUGAAAAGACAUGAUGCCAGCUGUGAUUAUAGUUUGGGAAGUGAACCCGACUCUUCGUCUCCUCGUAGCGAUGGAUACAGCUUGACUGAUAUUAUGGGAAAAGAAUCAGCUCCUACUAUCCCCAGAGAUAUUGAAGAAAAGGAGAAACGCUUGACACAGACUAUGGUGACAUCUACUAUGACCACAGGUCUUACUGUUGAAUCAACAAACACUGGUAGUUUCAUAUCUACAUCCAUAACACCAGUGAAACCAACACAAGGACUUACUGUUGGAUCAAGAUACACCAAUAGUUUUAUCUCCAGAACACCAGUGGAACCUACAACAGGUCAGGCGCCUCAUAAGUCUAGCACCAAAGCUGUUUUCCCAUCUGUGACCCCAGUGAGCCCAUCAUCAGAAACAUGGACAUGGAAGUUGAUAAUAGUUGCGGCUUCUCUGGGAGGUAUUAUCUUACUGGGACUGGCAUUUCUAUUUACCAAAAGAACAUUUGAAAGAUGUGCUGCGCAGAGGACACAAGCCAAUGUCACUGAUGACCUAAUGUGCAUGAGAAAGAUGGACCAUGGAGGAUUGUUACCUGCAGGUAAUGAGGAAGCCUACAGUACGGUCACCUCAGUACCUGCUGCUGUUUGUCUUACUGGUCCUGAGAAACUGAGCCGGCAAGAGUCUCGAAAUGAGGAUUCUGACAUAUACCAUGUGUACUCCACCAUCUCCGAAGAGCCACCCCCAUCAGCCCUGGAGGACAUGGUGUACAGCACCCGCCAGGCUUAUUAAAUAGAAAGCAAACUUCCUGAAGGAUCGCUUUUUGAACCAUGUUCCAUUUUUUCCACUUUUCUUUCAUUCUUUUAUAGUAUCUUAUGAUUUAGAGGGUUUCAAAUUGAAAUACUGAACCACAGAAUCCCUCUUUCCAAGCUAAUGGUAAUAAAUAAACAGGUCUUC